AUGCAAAGGCCGGUUUUAGCGGUGGCCGUCGACUUCGGGACGACAUUCUCAGGUGUUUCUUAUAUGCCCGUUGGGCCGAAUGAGCAAUUCACUCAGCUCGACAACUGGCCUGGCGCAACAGGAAAACUAUACAAAGUUCCGACAACGAUCAGCUAUAGGCAUGAUGGGCUCAACAAAGUAUGGGUUCCUGAUGCAUUUGGCUUCGCAGCAGAGUUAGCGCCUCCUAUUCAUAGGUGUUCAAUGUUCAAGAUGUUCCUUGACGUGACCGACGACGUAAAACGGCAGUCUUUCGUCCCGAGCAGCGAAUCAGUACGGAGGCCAAUAUGGGAAACCCUAGAUAAAACAGUUGACGAUGUUAUUCGAGACUUCUUACAGCUCUUGUAUCAUCAUAUGAAACUUACUUUCAUGGACGAAGGUCUGAGGUCUGAAGAUAUGGAGUACAAUGUCUUGUUUACGGUUCCAGCACAGUUUGAGAUCCUGGAAGUUGAAAAGUUUCGUUCUUUGGUAAAAGCUACCGGUUUUGGCGCGCAUACUAUCUCUGUUUCUUUACGGGAACCGGAGGCCGCAAUUCUGUAUACACUCAACCAUGGAGUCAAGAGUCUGAUGCCAGUUGGGCAAUGCAUUGUUCUUUGUGAUGCGGGUGGCGGCACGGUGGAUCUUGCGUCAUACAAAGUCACCGCUCACAACCCAACAACGAAAGUCGAACAAAUUAACAUUGUGACUGGCCGGCCUUGCGGCUCAAUGAACAUAGACCUAGCUUUUAAACGGUUCUUAUUCGAAGAAUGCCUUGAUCAGAAAUGGCGUUGCUACUUCCAAAGUUCGGACGGAAUGAUGCACUUGCAACGAAUGUGCAAAGCAUUCUCGGAUAGAAAAGAAGCAUUCGAUAAUGGCCCUUCUACACCCAAUAUAACGAUUCAAGUUUCGCCGCCUAGUCUAUCGGGGACGAAUAUAUCUGCGGGCUACCUCAGAAUAUCUCGAUUACAGAUGUGUAGCCUAUUCAAAGAAUCUAUCUCGGGCACCAUGGAAUGUCUCAAAGAACAUGUGGAUAAAUGUUUACGGGAUGGAUUAUCCAUCAAAUCGAUAUUUUUGGUGGGCGGCUUAGGGUCUUCCAAAUACCUACAUCAGAGAGUAAAACAAUACUGCUUGGGUCUUCCAGGGGAGACAGAAGUUAUAAAGCCAAAGGAUGCAGAGUUUGCGGUUAUCCGAGGUGCCAUUGAGUCCCACCAAAAAAGGUUAUUCGGUGCGGACGAUCCAAUAUCCCUUCGAAUCUGUCCUAUGAGUUACGGUAUUCGUGUCAGCGAGCCCUGGGAUCCAAUUAAACACGACCGUGCGAUUGACGAGGAAAUUUUGAACCCUCGGACGAAGAUGAUGAUGGCAAAAAACCAAAUCAAAUGGUUAAUCAAAAAGGGAGAUACUAUUCAAGGGAAGAGGGUUGCUGAGAUCAGAGAGCUAUUUCAGCGAAAUUUUGAUAAGUCACCUGGAAUCUGGCAAGACAAUAUAGUUAUGUGUUCACUGGAUAUACCACCUUCUCGGAUAAAUAGACAUGUGAAACCCGCUUGUCUUCUAACAUCCAACAUGAAGGGUAUUCCGAUUGAUAUGUUUGAGAAGUAUAAGAUGGAAGAGAAGACAGGAUUCUGGGGCCGGAGGAGAGUAUUUUACAGCUGUAAUUUCGACAUCGUUAUGAAGAUUGGACUGACGGACAUCGAGUUCCAACUUUACUUUAAGCAGAAACUCCGGAGCGAGUUAUUGAAGACUUCAUGGGGGGAGUUGAUUUUGUAG